UUUAAUUUUGCAGCAAAGCAUCUAGAAUUGCCAUACUUAGGUGCAUACUUGAAUUCAAUUGGAGCAAAUUUCCGACACGGUGCAAACUUUGCGACGGGCGGUUCCACAAUUCGGAAUCAAAACGAAUCGGUGUUUGAGAAUGGAGUCAGCCCAUUUUCACUCGAUAUUCAAGUCGUACAGUUUCGUCAGUUCAAAAAUCGUACUAUCGAUCGAUAUCGUGAAGAAACAAAUGACUUUAUUAGAAGCACUCUUCCGAUACCAGAAGACUUCUCUAAGGCUCUUUUCACCAUCGAUAUUGGUCAGAACGAUCUCUCUGCUGGAUUUCGUAAAAUGACAAACGACCAAUUUCGAAUGGCAAUUCCUAAUAUCAUUGGAGAAUUUGCAGCCGCCAUUGAAGAGUUAUAUAGAGAAGGAGCAAGGGCAUUUUGGGUACACAACACAGGGCCCAUAGGCUGCAUUCCAGUGGCGAUUCGCACCACAGUCAACGGAGAUCUUGACCAAAACGGCUGCGUUAAGUACCAAAACGACGCCGCUUUGGAGUUCAACAGACAGCUUAAAGAACGAGUCAUUCAACAAAGAGCAAAACUCUCAGAUGCUUCUCUCGUCUACGUGGAUGUGUUUGCAGCUAAGCUCCAGCUCAUAGCCAAUGCGAAGGAAGAAGGGUUUAUGGAGAUGGGGGCAAUAUGUUGUGGGUAUCACGAGGGCAAUGAUCACGUGUGGUGCGGGAACCAGAAGAUCAUAAAUGGCAGCCAAGUGUACGCUGGAUCUUGUGACGAUCCUUCCAGAUUUAUCAGCUGGGAUGGGGUCCAUUAUACUGAGGCUGCUAACCGUUGGAUCGCCAAUCAGAUUAUCAAAGGCUCCUUCUCCGACCCCCAAGUUCCCAUCACGCAUGCUUGUCGUUGA